CUCCGGCCGACCGACGUCCUUGGGCAUCUCCCGCUCAGUGACACCUUCUUCGUUGAGAGACCGCGUGCGACGACACGACAAAAGGAUGCAACGCAACUCUGAAUUAGGCGAUAGACGGUACGGCGGGGCGGCGCCGAAGAGUCAGUCGUGGAAGGGUCGAAGUAGCAGUCACGACCUGACGACUCAGUCGGGGAGCAACAGCGGGCUUGGGGCACCAGGACAACCUAUCUCGUCGACCGACUUCAUCUCGUCUAAGACAGGGUACUUGACGAAGCGGUCGAUCGGCGCGAUUGAUGCGCUCGCGAAUUGGCGGGAGCGAUUCUUCGUCUUGGCAGAAGGCAAAUUGUGCUACUACAAAGUGGGCGGCGGCAUUUUUUCCAAGAAGAAGGAAGAGGAACAGGACUUGGCGCAUUUUAAGGGCCAGUUGGAGCUCACGUCCGAGACAGUUGUGAAGAAAACAAACAUUGACAACAAAGCCAAUUGCUUCGAGAUCAACACAGGUGACAAGCGCAUGUUUGCGCAUGCAAACACGAUCAAAGAGUGCGAAGAUUGGAUCAAAUCGAUCAAGGCUCACGUGGUUGCUUUGGGCUCAUCCGGUGUUCGCGGCAGCAAUGGCGACGGUAGCUCGCCUGAGCUCAAGCCCACUCCCGCGCAAGUAGAAGCGUCCGCGUUUGCAUCUAACGUGACAGGCCAGCGCGAUGGGCCGCAGGACUACUCCCGUCCGAGCUUGUGGGACAGCCACGAUAUUGUCCGUGGCGCCGAGCAAUCGUCCGACCCGAAGGACGUCGUGAUCAAACAAUUGCUCGAAGAAAACCGGCAACUCCGCGAGCAACUCACGCAAAAAGACCAGAUUAUUCAUCAACUCGAAACGAGCGGCGCCGCCGUCGACCCAACCUCGUCCUCCGCCCUCAAUUCGUCCCGCGAUACCAUGUCGAUGCCGCGAAACUCGUCGCUAGCCCGCGCGGCGUCGGUGGCGUUUGGGGCUGCGGCCGUACCCAAGCAAAUGCUUGACUUGCGCGACCUACGCAAGAAGCAGAUCCAACUCUUCGACGCAGCCGAAGUCGGCAAUUCCCACUUAAUUGCAACGCUACUCCAGAACAACGUGAUUGACGUCAACGGGGUCGGCAUCAACCAGUACACGGCGUUGCAUCUUGCUGCUCGCAACAACUUCCCCAAGGCUGUCGCGGAACUGUGCAGCCGCGGCGCUGACGUCGGCGCGCGCACGGCGGAUCGCUUGACGCCGCUGCAUUUGGCGUCCAUGGAAGGCCACGCCGGCUGCGUCGAAGAACUGCUCAAGGCCGGUGCGGACCCCAACACGACGGACCAGAACGGGAACGGCGCGGUGCAUUUGGCCGCGGAGGGCGGCAACAUUGCUUGCGCCAAGCUCUUGAUCGCGUACGGCGCCCGCACGGACGUCCCGAACGCGUCCGGGUCGCUUCCACUGCACAUUUCGCCAAUCGGACAUCCCAUUCGUGUGUUACUGGGCAGCGGCGACAAGUCGGCGACGCCGUCGACGCAACCGUUGGUCCCGCCGCCGGUCAUCGAUCCCACGGAUGACACGAAGAAGACAGAGAUGCACGUGACGUUCAAAAACAAGUACCACGAAAGUUUGGCGCUCGGGCCGCGGGAUUUUGAGUUCAUCAAGGUGCUGGGUCGCGGGGCGUUUGCCAAAGUGUACUUGGUGCGCGGGAAGGGCGCGAACCGGGACAAGUAUUUUGCGCUCAAGGCGUACAAUAAGCAAGCGAUUGUGCAGAAAAACCAGGCGCAGUACAUCCACACAGAAAAGGCCGCGCUCCAGGCGUGUUCGGACCACCCAUAUAUUGUCAGCUUGUACUACGCGUUCCAGUCGCAGGACCGCCUCUUCCUCGUGAUGGAAUACUGCGGAGGCGGCGACUUGCUGUCGACUCUGACGCGUCGCAAGGCAUUUACGGAACCCGAAGCGGCGUUUUACAUCGGUCAAAUCGUGCUGGCGCUGUCGCACUUGCACUCCAAAGGCAUCGUGUUCCGAGACCUCAAGCCCGAGAACGUCGUGAUGGAUUUGGAUGGAAACGCCCUCCUGACGGACUUUGGAAUUUCCAAGGAAGGCGUGGCAGAUCAUUCGUCGGCCAACACGUUUUGCGGGUCGCCCAUGUACUUGGCACCGGAGAUGCUGUCUCGGUCGGGGCAUGGAUUCCCCCUGGACUGGUAUUCGGUCGGCGCGCUGCUCUUUGAGUUGCUCACGGGUUUGCCUCCGUACUACACGAACGACAAGAAGCAGUUAUUCCACAACAUUUUGCGCGGCAACUUGAUCAUUCCCGAGUACAUUUCACCGCAAGCGCGCGACUUGAUUCAGCGGCUGCUGUGCAAGGACCCGAACCAGCGCCUCGGCAGCGGCCCCCGCGGCGACAAGGAGAUCAUGGAGCAUCCGUUCUUUUCCGCGAUUGACUGGGGCAAGUUGUAUCGAAAGGAAAUCCCUGCGCCGUUCAAGCCCCGGAUCGACACGCAAACGGCCAACGCGCCGCCAGACACGUCCAACUUUCCCACGACGUUCACGGAGCAAGAGAUCACGGAAAUUGAAAAGGGCAUGGCGCCGCCGCCGCAGCCCGCCGGAAGUAGCAGCAGCCGUGUCAAGGACGAGAAGCGGCUCUUCAAGGACUUUGACUUUACGCCCGAAGUAAAGCUAGACACGGAGGCUGCGCUCUUUGAGGCGCAGCUCCUGUUGCACCAGAACAGUGCCAAGAACCUCAAGGCCCCGCCGCUCGUCGAGAGCGACGAGUACAGCAUCUAGAGAGACCGACUUCGAUUCGGUGUGAGUUGAAACUACGUAUGGUAUUAUCUUGUAUUGCACAUACUCGAUGACUGUGUCAACGGCAUCUUUUCAACCUGCAUCCCAAAGGACAUGGAUCGUUUUCAAAACUGGAUAAUGGAGGUGUUGUGAGAGGCUAGUGGUCACCUUCAUUGGGUCGGUCCCAGCCAAAAGCCAGGGUUGGCAAUCGCCCCAUCUUUUAGCGCUUGCCAUCGCCCAUGAGUGGCGGCAACAAUGGCGAGCGCGUCCGUCGCAUUCGUCAUGGUGUCUUGGCUGAGGACGUUGACGGGUUUGCCUUCGGGAAGUUUGUAGUUUUUGAGCCAGUCGACCAACUGCUCGACAAGAUGGGGACGGUGUGCAGAGAGAUCGUCAACUGUGUGAAUGACACUCGCAAGCGGGUCAUCGAUCGAUACCGCAACGAUCUUGUGGUCCACUUCGCCUUGGUCGAUCAGCUCGAGGCUACCGAGGACCUUGACAGGAUGCACCGACCCCAUCGGCAGCGUGGCGGUCCCGAUUUCAAUCACGUCCAAGGGGUCAUUGUCGCCGCCGUGGCCGGCCGCGUCCUUCAUCGACGGAUCUUCCCACGUUUGCGGCAACAUCCCAUAGUUGAAAAACGGGACGCCGUACAAGUAGUACCGUGUGUGAUUCGUCUUGGUCACGUCCUGCUUGAUCGGGUUGAACGGCAGUCGCUUGUUCACUUCCAUCUUUUCCAUGCGACCCUUCUCGAUCUCGACGACGAAGUUGACCACGGACGCGUUGACAUACAGAGGAAUGUCGUGCCACGGCGACACCUUGGCUCCCGUGGCGGCAUCCAGUACGGACAGUUCAAAGCCCAACGUGCCAACGACCGCGUUGUCCCCCGUGGACGCGACCGACGACGCUUUCGAGAUAAACGGUCGGAAAGGGAUCGAGUACUGGAGAUACGACGGGUCUGUCAUGCGUUGGUAGUACUGGACCAUGAGAUUCCACCCGGAUUGCACCAUGAAGCCGGGGGGGACACAGGUCGGGUCCGAUUCCCAAGUGUCUGGAAUGUCCGUACACGGUUGAAAGCCCAUUUUCGCCAUGUGCCGCAUUUUAGACCCCGAGAUCGAGAGAAAAUCACGCUUGCGACUCUUAUCCGUCAUGGGCUUCAUCUUGUGGUCUGUUUUAUCAUAGUACACCUUGGGGAAGCUGAGCAAGUUCAUGUGCUCCAUGCCCGGCGCCAAGUGCAGCACGAAUCGUCCGUGGUCGCCGGCGUACAUGUCUUGGUCCGGCUGGUCCGAACGCUUGAUGCCGGCGGGGUCGCGGCCCACGACAAAGUACGAUGCGCCGGCGUUCUUCCGGCUCUUGGCAUGCCACUGCACUUCCCGCGGGCCGGCGUACACCAUCGGGGACGGCCAAAUUGACAAGACUGUCGACGCCGGGUCAAGCAUACCAUCUUUUAUGAUGGCUUCGUGCUGGUGGACUCGAACGUCGAGCGGCACAUCGUCUUCUUUCGUCCAUCCGCCCAAAGGACUCAGCCACAAGACGGGAUUCUUGAACCCUUGGUCGAGGAGCCACUGUCGUCCUUGGUUCAUCAGGUACGCGUGGCCGGCAUGCGUCGGGUUUCGCGUUUGAAAGGCCAAGACGGCGUCCGCACCAAGCGCUUCAAAUUUAGCGCGCAAUUCGGACGGUGUCAGUCGAAACUUGUCCAACCCGUCGUUGUACAUGACCCGCUGAAGCAGUUGGAUUUCGCCACCGAGCAAAAAGUCUCCCGCCUUUUGAAUCAUGUCAACGUACGGGUGCCCCCUGUCGUACGCGCCAAACGUGCGCGUGAUGCGCUCUUCCUUUCGGUGAUCAAAUACCUCCGGGUUGGUCAAAACUGCAACCUCUUCGCCCGUGCGGGUCACCAACACGACGUGGUUGAUGCCUCCGUCGGCGGCAGUCGAGAUAGCAGCCUUGGUGACCUUGGUCACGGGUAGGACGAUCGGAAUCGGCAUGUUCACGCGGGUACCGCGGCCGACAUCGGCGGUGGAAUACUCGGAAAAGUUGGUCGUGCUAUGGGGAUUUAGAUUUCCCGCAGUCAAGUUGUCGGCGUCAAACACGACCGAAGAAAAGUGAAGGCAUUGCAAGUAAGCCCCUUCGCGCAUGAAGCCGCGCAAAGGAGACGCCCAUCCUUCGCCCAGGACCUGUACCCAGUGCAAAUCUUCGUCGCGGAGCAACACGCGCGGCGCCGCAGCCGCCGGUGCCGUCGAGGACGUGACUGCCGUCGGAUACAGCGUGUCGAAGUGGGCAGCGGCAUUGCCCCCAUCGGCCACAGCUACGCCAGGGUACCCUCUUGGAAGCGCGUCCACCCCAGUCAACAAACCCUUCUGCUUGAGAAAGGAAUAGACAGUCGCAACUUCGGCAUCCAACGUCGAGUUGGGGGUAAACAAAGUCAAGUCGGCGUGCAAAGGCGCCUCGUACGGCGCCGAGACGCCGGUAAAGUCUUUGAUCUCGCCACUCACAGCCUUCUUGUACAAUCCUUUGAUGUCGCGCGCCAUGACGACGCUGAGUGGUGUGUCCACGAACACUUCAUAGAACGGGAUGUUCAUUUUCUUGUGAAUGUCGCGGACGUCGUCCCGAUGGGCGCGGUAUGGUGACACAAGGCCGACGAUCGUAAUCGUGCCAGAUUGGGCAAACAAAGCUGCCAUUUCGCCAACGCGCCGCACGCUUUCCUGUCGAUCGGCCGCGGAAAACCCGAGGUCGCGAUUCAGACCAAUUCGCACGUUGUCGCCAUCGAGGCGGUACACUUGGAUGCGAUCGUGGAUCAAUUUGGCUUCCAAAGCUCGCCCAAUCGUACUCUUUCCGCUUCCAGAAAGUCCUGUCAUCCAAAUAGUUGCGCCUUUUUGUCCGAUGGCAGCAAACCGAGUCUUCUCGCUCACUACUGAUUCAUCGUAGAAAACAUUGCGCUUCAUGUCGAGCUUUUCCAGGCGCUGGGAAGCACAUAACUCUCCAUUCGUGUCCGGAAGUGGCGCAAUCAACACCACAGCGAGUGCCAAGUAGGGGGCAAUUAUCAAUGUCCACCAGAGGGCGGUUCGUACCCAAGACAAUCGACUUGCUGGACGGACUUCUUGAGUCAUCUUCACGUCCAUGGGUUCCAGUCCCGUUCCAUCAUCGUCCGUGAGCUUCACGGACGUGUACUGGAUCUCCUUUCGCAUCGUCGUCACCCAGGGUGGCCCACCGAUCCCGCCAACUUUGCAAAUGAACAACGGC